AUGGAGCCAGAGCACGCGCAAACGUGGGUACCGGCUCAAGUUCAGAGUCAGUUGGGCAAGAGAAAGUUUCAGGACGAGGUUGGUGUGGGAUAUGAUUCUAAUGUUGAGGAGGAUGAGCCCGCCCUUGAGGCAUCUUUUGUGACCAGCCAACACAUCGGCAUGACAACAGAGCUGGAGCCGCUUCUGCUAAACUUUCUAACUCUCGACCACAAUAAUGAAAGGCCCCUGGCCACGUCCCGUGUGCAUAAAGUCGCUGAUGACGGGACCUUCAUGCGCGUGGUUGACGGCUUCCAAGCCCGCCACAAGCUUUAUUCCAUCUCCAUUGAAACCAUAGAGAGUGCUGUCAGCCCCUUUGGGCCCAUUCUUAUCGAUAGUUUCUUCCAACAUGCACACCCGGCCUUUUCUGUGUUAAUCGAAGAUGCCUUCCGCCAUUCGUACCAGACUAGAAGGAAUUUGUCCCCUCCUCUAUUGGCAGCGGUGUACUUAGUUGCGUUGGAAUGGCUGGAUCUAGAGGUAGCGGGUGCGACUUCCCCCCCAGGAUCUGAGUCUGGAGUCCAGACACCACGAAGACCCGAUGCCGCUCGUCUAGAAAGGAUGGCUACACGGUUACUUAACGAAUCCCUCGCACAACCGCAUAUCUCCACCAUCCAGGCGGGCCUGCUCCUCUCUCAGAAACCAACCUUAAACACCCCCGCGCUAAUCGCCCACCUCGUAACUGCCGGCUACGAUCUGGGUCUGCACCAAAACUGCAAUAGCUGGAACAUACCCUCGUGGGAAAAAGGCUUGCGCAAACGGCUGUCUUGGGCCCUCUACGUGCAGGACAAAUGGUGCGCGCUAGUCCACGGCCGCCCAUCGCAUAUCUUCGCAGCAAACUGGACCGUCAAGGAAUUAGUGAUGGAAGAUUUCGCAGGCAUCAACUAUUCACGGAAACGCAACGGUGUCGGUAAUAGCCAGAAAAACGUGGGUCUUCAGGAUAUUCCUUCAUCAGUAGGACAUGGCGCCCGCUUCUUCCACCAUUUCGUGACCCUAACCGUCAUCCUCUCUGAGAUCCUUGAUACUUUCUACACCCUCCAAGCCAUCUCCGAAUUCGCCACAGCGGGGCCUCAACGUACCAGAAUAAUCCUCGAACGGGCAAAACCUAUCCAAAUACGCUUAAAGCGGUGGUUUGCGUGUCUACCGGAUGAAUUGAGAAUAGAUCAUCAUGACCAAUACCCUUGGAAUGAUGACAAUAGUAGAGACGGCGGCAACACAAACAUCGACUCCAAGAACGUAGAAGCCAUUCCAAAUACAAAUAGCCCUUGCCAUACAGACUUCAACGGGGGCCUCCACCUCGCCUACUUCGCGACUGAGAUAACUCUGCACAGAAGCAUAAUCCGCUCCCUAGGCCCGGACUCCGCAGACCCAUACUUAUCCCACAUCUGCCGUUCAGCAGCGAAAUCGCGGCUAAUUUCCGCCAUGGACUUUGUCAAUCGACUGCGUCCCGCGCAUUUACGAUCAUUCUGGCCCUCAUCGUCUCGGACAAACUUUGCGUUGAUCGGCUCGUUUGGGAUUUUGUUGAGGGCUACGGCACUGACGAGCGAGGAGGACGAAUUCUAUCGAAUGCGGCUGGACGAGUAUCGAUGGACGCUAAGCGUUAGCUGCAAGGAUGCAGAGUUUUUGGCUGGGGUGAUUGAAGGGCUGGAUUCGGGAGUGGGUUUGCUGGGGAAUGUGCCGCCGAAGAAGGGUCUGGGAGAGGUUGUCGCGGAUGGUUAUGGGGAUGGCGGUAGGAAUCAGAGCGGGAAGGGACUCCAUAGAGUCAGGACCAUCCCUAGUGCUGUUGGGUUGGAUGUCGACCCGGAACUGGAGGUGAAAAUGGAGGAUGUCGAGACAGUGGAGGAAAUGGAAAUGGGGGAAUAUGCCUAUCCGCAUCUGCUGAAUCCGGCUCAUAGUCCCCUGGGAGCCAAGAGCCGUAAUCCCCUCCGCCGGCAUCAGCGCGGUCACACCCAGGGUCUGCAACGCCAUUGCAGGACCUCACUCGUUGAUAACGCAUCUAUAAUAAAUACAGAGGCUCCUGUGGACAGCUCGAAACUGCAACGAGCCCUCAAGUCAGCAAGCCGGAAUUUGAACCGGAGUACCAAUCAGGACAGGAGCCUGGGCCAGCGGAGUCGUAACGUCAACGCCAGUGUCAAUGUUGGUGUUAUUGAUCCUAGAUCUAGCUCGUUACCGCCUGCUGUGCCUGGGCUCGUGUCACCGGCGACGUCAACGGAAGGGGAGGGGGAGAAGACGGAGAAACAAUGGAGGGUCGAAGAUGAGGUUCGAGGGCCGCCUGUUGACAAUCUGUGGAUUUGUGGUCAAGGAGAAAAAAAGGGUGAUUUAUAUUAA